UUUGCCUCCACUUUCUUUAGAAUGGUAUUUGUAAGUGUAAGUUGUCACACACAAAAAAUAAGAUCAAUAUUUUAAUAAAUUGCGAAAAGGAUUUAAACAAAAGCAUGUCGGCUAGUUAAAUGGAUUGUUUGAAUAAUUUUCUAAUUGGAACGGGAAAAUAAAAUCUCGUUAUAAUUUCUUGUGAAACUACCACCAUGCCUGGACCCGAAACGCCGGUAGAUAUCGAAGAAUUAUUAAACGAAAGCGGGGGAUGUGGACGCUACCAGAUAUUACUGACGUUGAUCAUACAUUUCUCCAAAUUUAUCGUCUGCUUUACCCAGCUCUUUAUGGUAUUUGGCGGGGCGACUCCAAAAUGGCGAUGUAUUGAAGGGAUGAGCGAAAAUGCCACCUUAUUGACCAAUGGGACAGACGAAGAAAGCUGUUACGUAACGGUGAACGGUGUCUCUAAGCAGUGUGAGGUGUUUAGUUUCAACGAUGACAUGAACACCGCUGUUUCACAGUUCUCUCUGGUGUGCGGCCGCGAGUGGAUAUCUUCAACCAUAACAUCCAUCCAAAUGGCGGGCAUUUUCGUCGGCAACAUCGCUUGUGGCCAAGUAGCUGAUCUGAUAGGCCGUAAGAAACCAUUUUUUGGCGCCAUCCUGACCCUUGUGGUUCUAAAUAUUGGCACAGCGUUCUCAGUGUCGUGGGUCAUGUUCGCCGUCUUCCGGUUCCUGUUGGGGGUUGCCAUGGGAUUUCAGCUCACUGUCCAGUACAACCUUGUCGCCGAGUUCACGCUGGCAAAAUGGCGGACGUGGGUUGUCGCAAUUCCCUCAUGGGCGAUCGAGUCAUCAGUGUUUGGGCUCGUGUGCUGGGCUCUCAAAGACCUUUUCUGGAUCCACAUAGUCACUGCUGCUGUCGGAUGCCCGUUUCUAUUUACGUACUGGUUUGUUCCAGAGAGCUUUCGUUGGUACAUUGGUCAUGAUAAAACUGAUAAGGCAAAGAAGAUUGUUUCAAGGAUCGCCGAGUUCAAUGGUAAGGGGCCACCGAAGAGCAUAGAAUUGAUAGGCGGAGGACAGUUAAUGGAUAAGAAGGACAGAACCUACCAUUUCCUUGACUUGUUCAGAGAUAGGACUAUUCGUCUAUACACGUGCCUGCUCAUAUUUGUUUGGAUUUCGUUGGGUUUGACCGGGUACGGGAUUCAAUUCGGUGUCCCCAAACUCUCCGGGAAUCUUUUCGUGAACAUGUUUGUGCUUGGCCUCGCCUCCAGUCCUGUCCAGUUUAUCUGCAUCUGGCUGCAAAACAGACUAGGACGGAAGAAAACAACAUGGUUGUUUUACGGUCUGGGUGCGGUUGCGGCGUUCGUGGUGGCCACGGCCGGGCGGUUUCCUGAUGGCAACGGGAAGGAUUGGACGACAAAUGUAUUCGCCAUCAUCGCGUUGACGUUGGUAUAUGCGGUGUGGUCACCUAUCCAGACUUUCACCAUGGAGUUGUACCCAACUGUUGUUAGAAAUCUUGGAUAUGGCACACAGAAUACAAUGGCGAGAAUAGGAGCAAUAAUCGGACCUCAGUUGGUAUACCUGGAAACAAUGUUCGAAGGCAGCCUAUACUGGAUCUCCGGCACAGUGGCCGUAAUCGCCAUGUUCCUCAUUAUCCCCAUACCGGAAACCAGCCGAAUGCACCUGGCCGACAAGAUUGUACCAAUAACAGAUGAGCUCCUACCGUCAACUAGAGAAAAGGCACAAGGAGUCGAAUUAACGACUGAGAAAGAAAUAACACACAUGUAGUGAUCAGCAGCCUAAUUGUAUACGGGUUUCACUAUUUGGUUAAGUCAAAGUUAGCCAAAAUGUGUAUUGAUUGGCCAAUAUGCAUCCAAUAAUAAUUAUUAACCGA